AGUCUCAGAAAGAGAGUUAAAAGGGCGGGAACCCCAGUAGUGUGACAUACACACCAACACACACACACAGAAGGAUGUACGGCGGGAAUAGCCAAUUCGACGGCAACGCGGCGUUUGCCGGCGGCGGUUUCAUGCCAUCGCAGGCCACACAAACCGCCGGCGAUCAUUCUUUCUCUCCAGCCAAGAAUCGUGAUUCACAGACUUUGCUUCCUUUAAGCGUCAAGCAAAUUAGUGAAGCCUUUCAAUCAAGUGAUGAUAAGACAAACUUUCUCAUUGAUGGGGUUGACGUGAAUAAUGUGAAAGUGGUGGGUAUUUUAUUCAACAAAGCGGAAAGGGUUACAGAAGUUUCAUUUGUAGUGGAUGAUGGAACAGGGCGCAUUGACUGUUCUCGAUGGGUAAAUGAAGCUGUUGAUGCCAAGGAAAUGGAAGCAGUCACAAAUGGCAUGUACGUUCGGGUUCAUGGACACUUGAAAGGAUUACUGGGUAAAAGGCAGUUGGUAGCUUACUCUGUCAGGCCUGUGGAUGACUACAAUGAGAUUGCAAGCCACUUUGCAGAGGUCAUUUUUGUUCAUAGCUACAACAGUAAGCUACGGAGGCAACAGGAUAGUUCGUCUAUGUCAGGUCAAGUGCCUAGCUCAGCUGCCAACACUCCUUUAAAGGGAUAUCAAGCUUCACCAUCGACUCAAUUUCAGUUUCCUGGAUACAACAUGGAUGGGAUCAGGGGUGUAGAUAAAAUGGUAUUGGACUACUUGCAACAACCGUCAUGCCUUGCACGUGAAAAAGGUGUUCAUCGCAAUGAGCUUGCUCAACAGCUAAAAGUCCCUUCCGAGAAGAUAUUAGAAGCUAUUGAAUCUCUUGAGUCUGAAGGUCUAGUUUACUCCACAAUAGACGAGUAUCACUACAAGUCUACUGCAAAUGGUUGAUGGUUGAUGUUUGAUGUGGGAGACGAAACUAUAAGCAACUUAGUAACAUGUUUCCUUUUUCACGUAUAUAUAGACAGCAAGAUGGAAAAUGGAGAGACCUUUUCCAUUUUUGUAGGAUAUAUUGCUGUUUCUUCCCUCAAAGUGAGUUUUGUGCACUAUGUUUGGUAGCUUUUUAACACUAGUAUUUUUUAUCUCGUUGAAGCAACCUCACUUUUUUUUUUUGCCUUGACUAGUUGACUUGAAGGGUUAAUUAGAAAUUUAGAAUGUGGAGUAUGUUUCCCUGGAUUUGGUCCUGGUUAUUAGGCCCAA